AUGGAGCCGGGCAACCAAACACCGGUGACAGAAUUCGUGCUGGAGGGGCUCCCCAACACCAGGCAGUUUCCGUCUCUCUUCUUCCUGCUCUUCGUCCUGCUCUACCUGCUCACCCUGCUGGGCAACGUGGUUGUUAUCCUCCUGACAAUGCUGAACUCCACCCUCCAUACCCCCAUGUAUUUCUUCCUGGGCAACCUCUCCUUCCUGGAAAUCUGCUUCACCUCCAGUGUGGUCCCUCAGCUGCUGGUUCACCUCCUGGUGGAGGAAAAGACCAUCUCCCUUGUGGCCUGUGCAGCCCAGAUGUACGUCUUCACCAUCAUGGGCCUCACAGAAUGCUGCCUUCUCGCAGGCAUGGCCUACGACCGCUAUGUGGCCAUAUGCCGCCCCUUGCACUAUGCAACCAUCAUGAGCGGCCGUGCGUGUGUGCUGCUCGCAGGUGCUUCAUGGGUCAUCGGCAUCACGAUGGAAGUAGCUAAGACCAUGUGGAUCUUCAGCCUGCCCUUCUGUGGCUCCAACCGCAUCCCCCACUUCUUCUGUGACGUUGAACCGGUGAGGAAGAAGGCUUGCACUGACACAUGGAAGAUUGAGAUCCUAGGGCACUUUGUGUCAGGGCUGUUUAUCAUGAGCCCUUUCUUGUUGAUACUCCUGUCCUACAUCCUCAUCAUCUGCACCAUCCUCAGGCUGCCAUCGGCAGAGAGCAGGCAUAAAGCCUUCUCCACCUGUUCCUCCCACCUCAUGGUCGUGACCUUGUUCUAUGGAACAGGCCUUAUCAUCUACCUGAUGCCCAAGUCCAGCUCCACCCUGGAGACUGAUCAGAUGAUUUCCCUCUUGAACACAAUCGUGUCCCCUCUGUUGAGUCCCAUCAUAUACACACUGAGGAACAAAGAGGUGAAGGGAGCCUUCAGAAAAACCGUUGAGAAGAGCAUCUUUGCACAGAGCUGGUGA